AUGGUGCCAAUGGACGUGGUGACUAAUCAAGCCGGUCCGUCUGCAGAGCCUGAAGAUGGUGAUGGCAGCAGCGGCUGCCCCAGCACUGAUACCUCAGAGCCUUCUUCCUCCACUUCGACGGAUGAGUCUUCUACUUCUACUUUGUCAUCUAUGUCAACAUUGCCUGAACAGUCAGAACAGUCAGAACAGUCGUUGGGUCUUCCACAGGAAGAUGCACCCCCCAAAGUGCCCAAGGGUAGGAGCAGUGCCAAGGCCAAAGGCAGGCCAAAUCAAAAGCGUGCAUCGGCCACAGCAGACGCUAAACCAACUCGGUCAGAGCCAUCUACAACCAGGGAAUUGCAGAUGGAGUUAUCAUUUUGCUCUGAUGAUGAGCCAGUUUUCGCAUCUGAUGCCGGUAUCCAGUCCAAGUCCCCUGCCAAAAAGAAAUCCCGGAGAACUGAUGCUAAGGACACCAGUUCGAAUGGUCUGCCCGUGGACACAUUGGAGGAAGCCUUCAAGUGGCACUAUCACUUGGUCAACACAUGUGUGGACUCCUAUGGCAACAAGGCUUUGGACCGUCUUGCUCAAAAUCUGGCUGGUGCAGUGUGGUACUCGCAGUACAGUGGCAUGGGUGGCAUGGAGAUUUUGAAGCAGCACUUGGAAGUUGCUACGGAUUUGGCAACCAAGGGCUUGGUGCCGGGAGAGGUUUACCAUUCGGUUGACAUCGAUGGCACAUGCCAGCGUGUGCUGUUGGGACAUGGCCCUGUCCAUGUUUUCAAGGACCUUUUGCAAACGCUGACCCUGCCAGCAAGGUUGGCUGUUCAAAGGGUCAUGGCCCAGAACGAGCUCCUUGUGAAGGACUUGCACGCCAAGUCUCAGGAAGCCAUGACGGACAAAUUGAAGCGUGAGGCGAAGACGGCUUUGAAAGAAGCUGGCAACAAGCUGUUGAAAUCCCUCAUGGACACCAUGGAUGCUUUUCCAGCGACGGACUUGUUUGAGGCUACAUCAGCUUGUUACAAGCAUCCAAACAGUGAUGGCCAAUGCCAUGUGUUUCCAGAUUCGGAUCCUAGCCAAAAAGAGUACUUUAUGGCGGGUACAUCAUGUACCGAUUGGUCAAGUAUGGGAACACAGACUUCACUGGCCGGGUCGACAGUGUUGCCAUUUGCUGUGGAGUUGCAGAUGGUGAAGCGCCGUCGUCCUCGUGUUUUCUUCCACGAAUGCACUCGAAACUUUAGGCCCUCAAUCCUUCAAGAGUACCUCCCAGGCUACACGGUGCACUCAGCGAUCCAAAAGCCACCUUUGCGAGGCUUCCCAAUUGCAAGGACACGUGUCUAUAGCGCCUGCAUUCGAGAUGAUUUCACCCUGGCCGAAAUCAGCUGUUUGAAGUCAGCAUUGGAGGGGCUUGACCGUUUCCCCACUUUCGACGGUGGCCACCUAUUUUGUGCCCCACAUGACGUUGUUGAAGCAGAGCUCCAGGUCCUCUCCAAAGGCAACCGCUGCACAACCUUCCUGGAUGCCCUCCCCGCUGCAUUUCAGGUGAGACGUGAUCAAUACAAUGACAACGAGAGGGUGAAGGAGAUGAUGUCCGACGGUUCAGAUGUGAUCAUCAAUUUGACUCAGAACGUGGACUUUUUGGCCUACGCCAGCACUCAUUGUCCAUGCCUUUUGACCAAGAGCUACAUGUGGUCACUUCGACAACACAGGCCGCUGACAUGGCAGGAGCUGUUCAAUGCCCAGGGCAUCCCAAUGUUUGAUGAGUCGGUGAAUGCUGCUGGUAUUGGCGUUUCACCAAUUCCAAAGGACUUGGGACGGAUUCCCGGAGUGAGGUUGGCCGGCAACGGGUUCCAUAUAGCCUGUGCUGGCACUUUCGUCGGAUUUGUUUUGGCACUUCUGACAGAGAAGAGUCCAGUUUGA